UUUUCGGACGGCCCGGCACCUGGAGAGUUCUGCCCCUGUCCCGGCCCGGGCCCGGGCUGUGUCACUGGAGCCGCGGGGUUCUCACGUUCCAAGCCGCAGGCUAUUUUGAGAAGAGGGGGAAAAAGGAAGUUUGUCCAGUGCUGGAUCAGUUUCUUUGUCACGUAGCCAAAACGGGGGAGACGAUGAUUCAGUGGUCCCAAUUUAAAGGCUAUUUUAUUUUCAAAUUGGAGAAAGUAAUGGAUGAUUUCAGAACGUCAGCCCCUGAACCAAGAGGUCCUCCUAACCCUAAUGUUGAAUAUAUUCCCUUUGAUGAAAUGAAGGAAAGAAUUCUGAAAAUUGUCACUGGAUUCAAUGGUAUUCCUUUUACUAUUCAGCGACUUUGUGAAUUGCUAACAGAUCCAAGGAGGAACUAUACAGGAACAGACAAAUUUCUCAGAGGAGUAGAAAAGAAUGUGAUGGUUGUUAGCUGUGUAUAUCCAUCUUCAGAGAAAAACAGUUCUAACAGCUUAAACCGGAUGAAUGGUGUUAUGUUUCCUGGAAACUCACCGAAUUACACUGACAGGUCUAACAUUAAUGGUCCUGGAACUCCCAGACCAGUAAACCGACCAAAGGUUUCUUUGUCAGCUCCUAUGACAACAAAUGGUUUGCCUGAGAACACAGAAGGUAAAGAGUCAAAUUUACAACUAACUGAGGAGAAAAACCACAGCGAUUCAUCAACAUCUGAAUUGGAAGGCACCCAAGUGAGUCCUGUAAAAAACAAACACGUCGAUGAAGACCUGGUGGAAGCUGAGGGGCAUGAGGUCAAAAGACUCAAAUUUGACACAGAAGGUGAAGACAGAGACGCAACCGACCAGAGUUCCCCUGGUGAGAUGUCUUCAGCUGUGGUAGAAGAAACAGGAACGCCAUCUGGAUCUCAGGAUAAAGACAGAGGAAGCAGCUCCUCCAGACAGCGACGUACAGAGGAGGAGGAGGAGGAGGAGGAGGAGGGAGAGGAGGAGGAGGAGGAGGAGGAAGAAUCUUUUGUGACCUCACAAGAAAUUACUCCAGAAAGAAAAGAUCUAGAAAAAGAGACUGAUGAGGCCGUAACUGUGAGUGAAGAGACUUCUGAGGAGAGUCAUCAAAUGGAGGAAUCUGUCCUAUCUCAGGAAGACAAAGAUUUGCAUUCUGAAGAUAGUGAAAAUACAAGACCUGUAAGUAGUGGUGCUGAUUGCAGCGAGACUGAAGAAUUAGGAGCCUACGCCCGUGAAACUCGAGAAAUUCCAUCCGAAUCCCCGAUGGAGAACAGCGAUGAGGCCUCAGACGUUGCAGAAGAACCUAUGGAGCAAGACUAACUGUGAGACCCACUUAGAUGCAGUGUUUUACAUACGGCCAUGAUUUUCCACUGUAUAAAACUUUUGUGUAACAAAGUGGACCUUCAAUUUUACAAGAGAAGCAGGUUGUAAAAUAUGAUUCUUCGUGGAAUAAAUCCUGAAAGAGUUUUACACAUAAAAACUGUGAAUAUCGGCUCCUUCAGGUCCUGCUUACCGCUGACUUUUUGGUCUGGUCAAAUCAGUGGUAUGUGUAUAGAUUUUUUUUUUUAAUUUAGAAUAAAAGUUUUUAAACUGGAAGGUAAUAAUUAUAAUUUUGACAAACUUUUUGGAGAUUUACCACAUUUAGUUUAUACAUAUGCAGGAAAGCUUUUUGUCUUGUCUAUUUCUGACAGCUCUAGCAGUUUUCAUAUUUUGGUCAUAGUUUCAACAUUUUAACAUGUGAAUUAUAGGGUUUCAUGCUGGUUUCCAGAUUUUAUUGUUUGACUAUGUACAAUGGAACCUUAAGUCAUAAAUACGUAUAAAUAUAUAUAUACUAUUCUAAGGGGGAAAAUGUUCUAUUUUUCUGUUUCUAUAAGAGAUGAAUACAGUGAAUACUUUUUCUAUUGGAAAUAAUUGAAUUCACCUCUUUCAGAAGGCAAUUUCUUUCACUUCUGAAUGAUUCAAAUAAAAUCUGGCCCCUAUGAAACCCUGGAAAUCUUUAACACUGUUGGAAAUACCAGGUUAAACACAUUCCAAGAAAUCUGUUCAAACUACAACCCUUUUGUAUACUUCUGAGGUGCCUGACUAAAAGGACUUCAUUUAUUUAUGAGAAAAAUUUGCUUUAUGUUAAGAACAGUCUUCAACCAUUAGCUUAAUAUUUUGUAGGGUGAAUGCUUAUGAAGCUGAUGUGAAAACAUCUCAGAACUGAGCAGGUUACUUCACCUUUUGCUUGCUUCUAUGAACAUUGUGAAUAUUACACAUUUCUUUCUAAAUUAUUUAAAAGUAUGCAAAUGGAUUUGGUAUGAUACACCAUUGUACUGGAGGAAUUAAUAUAUUACCUUAGUAAUGUACCUGAGCUAAACGAUUGAAAGUUCUAGGGGUGCAUAGAAACCAACAUAAUUUGUAUGACAUUUUGAAGUGAAUUAAAUAUUUUUGAACAUGCUAGUCCGACAGCCAGUGUUAUAUUUUUCAGAUCAGCGCAAAGCACAACUACUGCUCAACUCAAUGUUUUCAGAUUCCCAUAAAGUCAUGCAAGCUGCAACUUCCCAGUCAAAAUUACUGGCUGCCAAAUUUAUACCUGUUUCUUCAACUGUACCUUUUUGAUAUUUAGAAUUUUUAAAUUUCUGUAAAGUAGAUUUUGUAGAUUGUAAUGUGUUCACUGCCUUUGUGAAGCGGUAUAUAAUUGUAUAAUUUCUGUGUGUAAACUGAAUGCUUGGGCUUUCAAUACAGUAUUCAUAUAAAGCAAUAAAUAUUAAUGUUAUAAAAUAUUCGAGUACAUUUUUAUCAAAAAAAAAGAAUACCUUUUUUAGUUUCAGAUGCCUGAAAUACACAAAGGGAUUAAAAAGUUGAUGCAAUUUCUGAUACCAUAUCAUAUGCUUUACGAAUGAUU